GUGUUUACACUACAAUGACAAAUGGUACGAUCCGAUUAUGAAUUGUAUAGAUACAUGAAGGACUGGCAACAACUGGAGGAAUAUAGAUGCCAUUCUAGGUAAAGGAGGAGAGAGAGGAAAGUGUAGUUUGUGAAUGAAAGUGAUAUGGUUGAUGAAUCUGAUUGGCUAGGCCAUGUUGUUGUACCAUCUUUUUCGAGCGAAAUAACUGCAUAUAUCUCGGAGAAAUCGUAUCCAGAGAAAGUUGCGUAUUACAUGUGUGUACAUAUAUAUAGUACGUAUACUUUCCAUUGACGCACAGCGUCUAUCUUAUCUGUCAAAAGUGACAGAUCCAAAACCGGAUCGAAAUCACAACCGAUACGAUUAGAUACGUAAAAUUCGUGCGACACGAUGGCUCACUGGUUUCAUCGCAAUGUGCUAAAAGCGACAACGAAUCAAAAAUUCGAGUUGAAAGUCUCGAAUUCUACAGAUGCUACCAAGAAGCUCUGCAGUGAUUUAAAGCUGUCAAGAGCCAGACUUUUAGAUUUGAUUAAAAAUGCAAAUAAUACCAGUGAUACAAUAGAACCUGCAUUUCUUAGUUAUCUGAGUUUGUUGUAUGGUUUUUUAUGGGAAGUUAAACCAUCCGAGGAAGAAGCACAACAUGUUGGCAGACCCAAUCCCAGCAAACUCAGAAAUGUUUUGGUAUUUAAGUGGACUCAAACAUUACUUGGUGGAAGCACAUUCUCUAGUGCUGAUUCUGUUUAUGAAGCAGCUAACAUGAGUGUCAAUAUAGGCCUUUGGUUUAUGAAACAUGCAGCUAUGAUUGCAGCAAAAGACGACAUUACAAUGAAUGAAGCUAAAGAAGUACACAGCAUGUUAAGACGAGCUGCUGGAAUAUUUACUUUUGUACAGACUGAGUUUUUGCCACAAUUGGCUAAUCCACCUCCAUUGGCAAGUGACUUGGAUCCCCGUGUAUUAAAUGCAUAUGUUAAUCAAUGUACAGCAGAAGCACAAGAAGUGACAGUGGCUAGAGCGGUAGAACUCAAGCACAAUUCUAGCUUGAUAACAGCUUUAGCCAAUGAGACUAGCAAAUUGUUUUUGGAUGCUGCUAACACUCUUCGUCCAUUCAAAUCAGAAAUAUCUGCCCAAUGGAUAAAAUACUUGGAGUUAAAAGCAGCAUUUUAUCAGUCUUAUGCUUAUAACUAUUGUGGUGAAAAUUUAUUAGCAAUGGAUAAAUGCGGUGAAGCGAUACGAGCGAUGCAAGAAAGCGAUUCAUGUUUACAGAAAGCGAAAGCAUUAUGUCAAGAAUAUGGGAAAACACAUGGACCUGCGCCUCGAGUUAAACCAGACCAACAUGCUGUAUUUAAGCGCCUAGCACCCAUAGUAAAACUCACUCUCGAUAAAUGUAACCGAGAGAACGGUUUAAUAUAUCAUCAGACAGUACCGGGAGAAGUUCCACCUUUGGACACAAAAGCUACUUAUGGCUUAGUCAGCCCAAUCGAUUUCCAAAUGCCAUCACCAAACUCCAUUUGGAACUUGGGAACAUACAAAGUAUUAGCUGGUAUAGGAGCAGCAAAAACAGAAAAAGAACAGACUCUGCCACCUGUUAAAGAGGAAGCAAUUCAUCAAAGUAGUAAGGAGCCAAAGAAUGAAAGCGGUUGCAUUUUACAAUAAGAAUCUUGUAAUAAUUUGAUUUGCAAAUGCUUUUUUUAGUCACAGUGAUAUUAAUUGCAAUAGACGUGUGGACACAAUAUAUAAGUUAGAUGACUUAUAUAUGUGUCACACACAAGUACAAAUUAUGAAUAUUAUGAAACAAAGCAUUAAUUAUUUAAUUAUUACAUAAA